UUCCCACAGCCGGUCAGCUGAUAGGGGCUCCAAGCCGGUGCAGAGUAGCCUUCUCUCCGGGCCCCCCGCCCCCAGCUUUGCAAUGCACGCGCCCCGCACAGAGCUGCUCCCCCCAUUGCAGCCCCAUCGGGACUCUUAAAGGGCCAGGCGGGCUCCGGCUCUGCACCAGCAGCCGCUGCUGCGGGGCUCAGCCUUAAUAUUUCCUUGUGUAACAGCAGCUGUAUCCAGGGAAGGUGAAAAACCAGUCACCGACCCCUCUGCAGAGGGCUCGGUAAGCAGCAGAAGCACCAUUCAGCACGUGAAGGAGCGUAACACUGAACGAUGGAAGAUAUCCCACCAGGAGAUCUGGACACGGCUGCUGGUGGGGAUCAGAACAGCUCAGCGACAGUGUGUCUGCAUUUGUAUCCAGGCAUGCAGGACGAUGCCAAUCCAGAUCUUGACCAAGGCCUUGCUGCACAAACCGCAGGUGCUUCCCUGAAGCACUCGACCACCCUGAUAGACAGACAGAGAGGCAUCGAGGUUUCUGCCCUCCCAGCAACCCUCGACAGUACAUCCCUGAAGCAUUCGACCACCCUGACAAACAGACAGAGAGGCAACGAGGUCUCUGCCCUCCCAGCAACCCUCGACACUUUGUCCAUCCACCAGUUGGCUGCUCAGGGUGAACUCAGUCAGCUGAAAGAGUAUCUCCGAAAAGGGGAGAACUUGGUGAACAAGCCCGACGAGAGAGGCUUCACUCCUCUGAUCUGGGCCUCUGCCUUUGGGGAGAUUGAAACAGUCCGUCAUCUGCUAGACUGGGGUGCGGACCCCCACGUACUGGCUAAGGAGCGGGAGAGCGCGUUGUCGCUGGCCAGCACCGGAGGAUACACUGACAUAGUGACCAUGCUGCUGGAGAGAGAUGUGGAUAUCAAUAUAUACGACUGGGUAAAUGCACUGGUGCUUGUUGCCAGUAUCACUCCCUGGAACAGCCAUCCUGGGCUUUUGCUGUUGCUAAAGAACGGAGGCACCCCAUUGCUGUAUGCUGUGCGUGGCAACCACGUGAAGUGUGUCGAGGCUUUACUAGCUCGCGGUGCUGAUCUGACGACGGAAGCAGACUCCGGCUACACCCCCAUGGAUCUGGCUGUGGCAUUGGGACACAAGAAAGUUCAGCAGGUUAUUGAGACCCACAUCCUCAAGCUGUUUCAGACCAAGAAACUGGAGUGAUGCUGGCUCGUGCUCCCUGGCUGAGAGAACCAGGGCUCUGCUGUCUCCGGAGCCUGCAUGGGAACAAGGUGGCCAGAGGCGCUCUCUCUUUCCAAGGGCUGACGCUCCUGCAGGAGAUCUGCGCUGCCACGGCCAAGCGAGCAGGUGUGGAGGGAGCUUUAGAAGCUGGGCUGGCAGGAAAUCCCUGAUGGAGGAGGAGCUGUUUACUCUCCAAGCAGGUGGCAAAGGAGAAGCCUCCCACACACAGCGAGACACUGAAUUGUCCAGGUAGCUGCAUUUCUGCUGCGAACAAGACUGCAAGCCGCCUCCCUCUGCCCCCUGUGUAUUAAAUAUUGCCUAAAGCACCCUGCCUGAGUGCAGUAGCCGCGGAGUGGGGGCUGUGUUGGGAAGUGGGGCUUGCUCAGAGAAAUGCUCUUUGGGAUGCUGCCUGUUCUUCAAAUGGGGUGAGGAUGAACCCUGCUGGCUUCCAAAGGGAGGCCAGCGGGGGAUUGAAAGUCUGCCCUGUUGGGGCAACCCUCUUCCCCAGCCCACGCCACGGCCAUUGACCGUGCUUGUCGCAAUGGCUUAGGGAGGGUUCAGGUCAAUGCACAGCAUGCUGAAUCGAGCUCUGGGGGAAGCAGGGUAAGUGGGGAGACCCUCUGCUCAACAAUUCCCUACCUCCUCAGGCUAAACUCCCUAACCCUAACCAGAGCCCCCCUCACCUUGCUAUUCAGACCAGCCACGUAGGGCUUGAAAAAUGCCACCCUGCUGCACUUACCCUCGCUCCCAGGGCAGACAGAACAGGCAGCAGCGCUGGGAGUCCUGUCCCACAACCAGUCUCGUUGGUCAUAGGGCUUCCCUCCACCAUGGUGCUUGGUGAGAAAUAGUCACACUCAGCAACUGUUAUUCACACAGGUUCCGCCCUGGCAGCUGUUGUGUCUUUGGAGGGGAGAAAUCUGCUGCUUGUAUCUUCAGACCUUGCAGCAUCAUCUGGGCAGCAGCAGAUUAGUUACAGGUGGGCCUGCAAAUCCCCUUAAAGGGCCAGUCCCCCUGUGACACUCAUUGAGGUUUAUGCCCUUCACAUGUUAGUAGAUGGUUAAAUCACUCUCCCAUCAGCACUGCAUGUGCUUCAAAUCUCACCUCUUUAAAGGGCCAGUUACCGACUGUAGUUCAACCGUGAUUAAAACAAGGUGUCCCUCAGUGAUCCCAGGGAAGCCCUGAGCCGCUGUGCUGCCCUGGCCUGCAGAGCAGCCCCAAUGAGCGAGCCACCAUCUCUCCGUCCAGAACGGGCUGCUGCGUCGGACGGAUGGGACUAACACACGUGCUGGUGGACCCACUGGGGUCAAUCCCAUGGCCACCAAUUGCACGUUGCAGGGAGCAUUAGCAGCAGUCUCUGCCUGGUCCCUUCCAGUGACCAUGGUGCAUCUUUGCAGCAUUGUUCCAAGCUGCUGCAUGGGUGGACUUCCUUCCCCCCCGCAGUUUCUUCUCCCCAGCACUGAGGGGCCUUUCCUGUUCAUCACCUGCAACACCCCCCACUUCCACUCCUUUCCACAUGUCUAUUUUAGCCUCCCGCAUCAAACACCGCCCUUGACUCUCCCCGCCAGCUGUCGCCUGUUCCCAUUUGUCCCUUUCAGUGCUGGGGUCAGAGGUACCGCCCCUCGUUAGUUCUCUGCGCAGGCCCCUGGGGCGCCCUCUGGAGACAGCUCCACGCCAUCUCCGUCCGUCCAGUCAGCUCAUCUGCGCACGGCCCCGUCCGCUCAUCGAUAGAAUCCAGCCACCAACGUUAAAGUCCACAUGGUCCAGGCUGAGCUCCCACAUUUUCUCCUUAAGUGUCCAUUGCUGCAUGGAAACCUCCGCUAGCCCAGCUGCCUUCUCCCAGGCCCAGAACCUGGGCAUCAUCUGCACCAGCCCGUGUCACAUGGGCAGCAUGAGACUGUUUAAGGUGCUCUAGCCAUGGCCUGGUCCAUGCUUGUGUGCACCACUACCCUCUGCCAGCUGCAGUCAAAGCUGGGACUUCAGUUAAAAGAGAAACCAGCUGAAUUACAUGCAAAGCCAUUAGCUUUGAACCCAAAGAAACCUCAUUUGUAUCAGACUGGAGAGCUUCUGGCACAUAACUAGCACACUGCGUUGCUUAACCGAGGGACUGCAGUGAUUAAUUAAUGACGGUGAAACCAAAACAGCCAGAAACCCGGCUGUUCUACGUGAUGGGGGUGGCUAGUUUACGGCUUUUCCUUUGAAUGCUGAAGUCACACAAUGAUGCUUUCGGGAGGGCGUAUCUAGAGAAAUAGGAUUGUCGUCUUAUUUAAAAAAGAAAUCACAGAAACGACCCAUUUGAGAGAGAGAAACGCAGAGUGUGCAAAGUGGAAAAGGGUUGGCACAGGGUGAUUGGUAUUAGAAAUGAGCUCAAAUGGAAUCUGGGCUACGUGAUGGGGGCUGGGCUCGGUACCAGAAUCAGACACCCCCCUCCCCC